AUGCCGACCGUCAUUAGUGCAACGGUGGCCCCAAGGACAGGAGCUGAGCCCAGGUCCCCAGGACCUGGUCCUCACCCAGCCCAAGGGAAGACCACCGAGGCUGGAGGUGGACACCCAAGUGGCAUCUAUUCAGCUAUCAUCAGCCGCAAUUUUCCAAUUAUCGGAGUGAAAGAGAAGACGUUUGAGCAGCUCCACAAAAAGUGUCUGGAGAAGAAAGUUCUUUAUCUGGAUCCUGAGUUCCCACCAGACGAGACCUCUCUCUUUUAUAGCCAGAAGUUCCCCAUCCAGUUUGUCUGGAAGAGACCUCCGGAAAUUUGUGAGAAUCCCCGAUUUAUCAUUGGUGGAGCCAACAGGACUGACAUCUGCCAAGGAGACCUAGGGGACUGCUGGUUUCUUGCAGCCAUCGCCUGCCUGACGCUGAACGAGAGGCUGCUUUUCCGAGUUAUACCCCAUGAUCAAAGUUUCACUGAAAACUAUGCGGGGAUCUUCCACUUCCAGUUCUGGCGCUAUGGAGACUGGGUAGAUGUGGUCAUUGAUGACUGUCUGCCAACAUACAACAACCAGCUGGUUUUCACCAAAUCCAACCACCGCAACGAAUUCUGGAGUGCUCUUCUGGAGAAAGCUUAUGCUAAGCUCCAUGGUUCCUAUGAAGCUCUAAAAGGUGGGAACACCACAGAGGCCAUGGAGGACUUCACAGGAGGGGUGACAGAGUUUUUUGAGAUCAAGGAUGCUCCCAGUGACAUGUACAAGAUCAUGAGGAAAGCCAUCGAGAGAGGUUCCCUCAUGGGCUGCUCCAUUGAUGACGGCACGAACAUGACUUACGGAACCUCUCCUUCUGGUCUGAACAUGGGGGAGUUGAUUGCGCGGAUGGUGAGGAAUAUGGAUAACUCGCUGCUCAGAGACUCAGACCUCGACCCCAGGGGCUCAGAUGACAGACCGUCAAGGACGAUUGUUCCUGUUCAGUACGAGACAAGAAUGGCCUGUGGGCUGGUGAAAGGUCACGCCUAUUCAGUCACCGGACUGGAGGAGGCCCUGUUCAAAGGUGAGAAGGUGAAGCUGGUGCGACUGCGGAACCCCUGGGGCCAGGUGGAAUGGAACGGCUCUUGGAGCGAUGGUUGGAAGGACUGGAGCUUUGUGGACAAAGACGAGAAGGCCCGUCUACAGCACCAGGUCACUGAGGAUGGAGAGUUCUGGAUGUCAUAUGAUGACUUUGUCUACCAUUUCACAAAGCUGGAGAUCUGUAACCUCACAGCUGAUGCCCUGGAGUCUGACAAGCUACAGACCUGGACCGUGUCUGUAAACGAGGGCCGCUGGGUCAGGGGCUGUUCUGCUGGAGGCUGCCGCAACUUCCCAGACACUUUCUGGACCAACCCGCAGUACCGUCUGAAACUCCUGGAGGAGGACGACGACCCUGAUGACUCUGAGGUGAUCUGCAGCUUCCUGGUGGCUCUGAUGCAGAAGAAUCGGCGCAAGGACCGGAAGCUGGGAGCCAACCUCUUCACCAUUGGCUUCGCAAUCUACGAGGUUCCCAAAGAGAUGCACGGGAAUAAGCAACACCUGCAGAAGGACUUCUUCUUGUACAACGCCUCCAAGGCCAGAAGCAAAACCUAUAUCAAUAUGCGGGAAGUUUCCCAGCGCUUCCGCUUGCCCCCCAGUGAGUACGUCAUUGUACCUUCCACCUACGAGCCCCAUCAGGAGGGGGAAUUCAUCCUCCGGGUCUUCUCUGAAAAGAGGAAUCUCUCUGAGGAAGCUGAAAACACAAUCUCUGUGGAUCGGCCAGUGAAAAAGAAAAAAAACAAGCCCAUCAUCUUCGUUUCAGACAGAGCAAACAGCAACAAGGAGCUGGGUGUGGACCAGGAGGCAGAGGAGGGCAAAGACAAAGCAGGGCCCGAUAAGCAAGGGAAAACCCCACAGGCACAGCCUGGCCACACGGACCAGGAGACUGAGGAACAGCAACAGUUCCGGAACAUCUUCAGGCAGAUUGCAGGCGAUGACAUGGAGAUCUGUGCAGAUGAACUCAAGAACGUCCUUAACACGGUGGUGAACAAACACAAGGACCUGAAGACACAGGGGUUCACGUUGGAGUCUUGCCGAAGCAUGAUAGCUCUCAUGGAUACAGAUGGCUCUGGACGGCUGAAUCUGCAAGAGUUCCAUCACCUCUGGAAAAAGAUCAAGGCCUGGCAGAAAAUCUUCAAACACUAUGACACAGAUCAUUCUGGCACCAUCAAUAGCUAUGAGAUGCGGAAUGCAGUCAAUGAUGCAGGCUUCCACCUCAACAGCCAACUCUAUGACAUCAUCACUAUGCGCUAUGCAGACAAACACAUGAACAUCGACUUUGACAGUUUCAUUUGCUGCUUCGUCAGGCUGGAAGGAAUGUUCAGAGCUUUUAACGCAUUCGACAAGGAUGGAGAUGGUAUCAUCAAACUGAAUGUUCUCGAGUGGCUGCAGCUUACCAUGUAUGCCUAA